AAUGAAAGAGCUUCACCCGAGAGAGGUACUUCCCCAUCAGGUGAGGAGAGCAGGGUUGGCCGGGAGAAGGUUCAAGAAUCAGUUGUUCCCGAGAAUGCACAGGGUGAUUCAGAAAAAGAGCACAAAAACAGCACACCAAGCACAUGUCUCGGCAGAUUGCAGCAACGUUCAAGGGAAAUACGCAGCAAGUUUAAGGUCCUGGGAACCUACGGAACUCCAUCAGCAUUGCGGUCACUGAAAUCUCCAGCUUCUAGAGGCACACAUAAGCCGUUUCGGAUGCCGUUUCGACAGCCUCUGGGUUCAGCUAAAAAUGAAUAGGCCAAUUAAUGAUAUAUGAUUGGAAACCUGUCCAUUUUUGUUUGGCACUGGAUCACUUCAGUUCUUCGGAAAGGAAAAUGAAAUUACACUGUGGGUCCAUGUUUAUAUUGUGAUGUUUUAUUAAGAUACAACCUGUGAUUUCAUUCAUAGCCAUAUGAUGUAGCUUUUCUUAAUUUAUGUACUUGUGAUGAAUUAUUAUUAGGUUUGUGAUAUUGUCAAGAAACCUUUUUUUUCUUUAUUGUUAUAAUAUCUUUUACAUAUUUGAAUUUAUGUAAAAAGGAUUUCUCUUCUUUAGUAAAAAGCUUAUAAAAUAAGAA